AUGAAGCUUCCGUUCGAUGGAGACUUAGAUCCUCGGACUCAACUUCUUCCAAAUCUGAUUGAUCAUUAUGCCAAGACUAAGUCUGAUGCUAUCUACGCUGAAUACCCCAUUAAUCCUACGGCAUACGAUGAAGGAUACAGACAAGUCACUUAUAAAGCAUUUGCAAAUGCAAUAAAUGGCCUCGCACAGUUCCUGGUCGAGACCUUGGGGCCCGGCAACGGAGAAGUGUUGGCAUAUGUAGGCCCAAACGAUAUGCGAUACCCCGGUUUGGUUUUAGGUGCUCUCAAAGCUGGUUACUGUAUGUUCAUGACCUCUCCCCGAAAUAGUAUUGAGGCCCAUCGGUCUCUAUUGCAAGAUCUGGACUGCAACACGCUGUUGACGCCUGUACCGCGGCCGCCCUUCAUUGAGGCUAUCCAAGAAGCUCACUCACUGAAGACUCUGGAAAUUCCAAGUGUUGAAACCCUUCUGACAACUGAGUAUCCUCACAUUGAGUAUUCCAAGACUGUUUCAGAGAAUAUCCACGAGAAAUUUGCCGUCGUUCAUACCUCAGGAUCUACGGGUAUCCCCAAGCCUAUUAUCUGGAAACAUGAAAGUGCUGUAAGGAACAUGAAUAUGCAGUUUCUUCAGCCGCCCGAAGGCUGUGAAGGGCAAGAAUCGAAAUUCUUUGGAAAAAGAAUGUUUUUGAUGUUGCCUCCGUUCCAUGCCGGUGGACUAGCGUUCAUGCUCCUCCUCAAUGUGCCUGCGGCAGUGACCAUCGUCAUUCCAACCUCUGGCGGGCUACCUAGUCUAGUCUCGCUGUUGUCUGCAAGAGAGCAAACUUCAUUUAACUGCGCCCUUGUCCCGCCAACAAUAAUUGGAGAGUUGGCGCAAGACCCUAAGGCACUUGAAUAUUGUGCUACUCACUUAGAACAUAUAACGUAUGUUGGAGGCGAUGUUCCGCAGCUCAUGGGAAAUACAGUUGCUGCCAAACUUCCCCUGAUGAACGGUUAUGGCGCUUCGGAAACAGGACUUUUGAAUUUUAUUCACUCGCCAAGUCGAGAUCCCUAUAUUGACUGGCGUUAUCUUCAUUUUCAUCCAGAUUUGGGGGUGGAGAUGCAGCACGUCGCCGGGGAUGAGUAUGAGGCAGUAAUUGUGCGUUCACCAAAGCUUGAGGCUCAACAACUUCCUUUCGUUCUUUUUCCGCAUCUCGAAGAAUACCAUACCAAGGAUCUUAUGGUUCGUCACCCAACGAAGCCUGAGCUUUGGCGUCCAUGUGCGCGUCGUGAUGAUGUAAUUGUUUUCCUUAACGGAGAGAAGACCAAUCCUGUCUCUAUGGAGCAUCAUAUCGUGUCUGUCAACCCAGAGAUAUCUGGCUGUUUAGUAGUUGGAGCUCAACGCUUUCAGGCUGCCCUUCUGGUCGAGCUUGGUGGGAAGCCUCUCAGCGCGAAUGUCAGUGCUGUGAUAAUUGAUCAGCUGUGGCCUAGUAUUGAAGAGGCCAAUAGUGUAUGUCCUGCCCAUGCACGAAUUGCUAAGAGCCAUAUCCUUUUCACUUCCCCUGAAAAGCCGAUGCCUCGAUCGGGCAAGGGAACUGUACAACGUGCUAUGACACUGAAACUUUACGAACAAGAGAUUGAGGAUAUAUACCAAGAUGCGGAUAGACUCACUCAGCUUGAUAAGACUCAGCUGCCUGGCCCGGGAGGAGUGGACAAUGCCACAAAGGUCGCCGAGUAUAUCAGAGCUACUAUUCUGGCUGCUACAGGAUGGGAUGCGGAGAAGCUGACCGACGAAGAGAACUGGUUUAAUCUUGGUCUUGAUUCUCUGCAGACAAUAACAGCUACCCGUAUCCUUAGGCAGGGUCUCAACAUUUCAUCCCUUUCCCCGAACGUGAUUUACUUGAAUCCGACUGUUGCAGGGUUGACCCAUGCGUUGCAAAAGCUCAACCAAAACAGCGAAGAGUCCGCUGAAGCUACCAAGCAAAGGCGACUUCAGGAAAGAGAUCAGCUAUUACAAGAGCUUACUGCGAAGAUUAAUGUUCCAGCCCAAAGGUCUUCCAAUAAAUCCCCAGUGAAACAUACAGUUAUUUUGACCGGGUCCACAGGCCAGCUGGGCACGUACCUUCUCGAUUAUCUGCUGAAGAGCUCGCAAGUAGAGCAUGUAUUCUGCUUGGACCGAGAUGAAAGCGCUCGUGACCGACAGCGGGAACGUAGAGUUCUUUAUGGGCUAGCCCCAGUCCACGAAACACGAGCUACCUUUUGGAAAUCUGAUCUCAAUCAGACAGAUUUGGGACUACAAAGCGACCAACUUGAGGAGCUACAACAGACGGCGACCUUAGUCAUUCACAAUGCCUGGACUGUUAAUUUCAACCUCUCCUUAGCCUCUUUCAAACAACAACUGGAAGGUGUAGUGAACCUCAUCAACUUUUCUGGUCAAGCUAUCUUCUCGCCAGGAAUAUUUUUUAUUUCUUCAAUUAGCUCGGUCAUUGGUGGCACUGACACCGGUCUCAUCCCCGAGGCGCUCGUAACUGCCGCAGAUCCAGCUCCGAAUGGCUACGCCACCAGUAAGUAUAUUGCCGAGCAUGUCUUAGGAUAUGCCGCCCAGCACGGUCUUGUUCACUCUGCCUUCGCUCGUGUGGGUCAGGUUUCCGGCCCUAUUCGCUCUCCUGGCUUAUGGAAUAAGUCGGAGUGGUUCCCUAGUAUUGCUUUGAGCUCACUCCACUUGGGAGCUCUCCCAGAUGAACUUGGACCAACCCUCAACCGCAUCGACUGGGUACCUAUUGAUCUUCUCUCUGAUAUCCUGGUCGAUUUGUCUCUUCUCAAUCGUUCCGAACUGAGUGUCUAUCACCCAGUGAACCUGCACCCCAAGUGCUGGGAGGAUGUUCGACCUGCUGUUGCCGAUGCCCUUCAGAAAACCGCUGGGAAGACUGUGGAUACUAUUCCCUUGCGAAAUUGGGUGUUGCGCAUUCGACAGGAUAUUGAGCUAGCUAGUCAGAGCGACAAGGGACUUGAUGAGAAGAAUCUUCAGCUUCAUCUCUCCAAAAAUCCAGCUGCUAAACUCUUGGGAUUCUUUGAGGCUCUGGUGGCCCAGACAGCACCUGACAAUAUACUAGACACUCAGAAGACGGCUCAUGUCAGCGAAAAAUUACGUGAGGUUGGUGCUAUCAAGCCGGAGUGGAUCCAGAAAUGGGUUAAGGAAUGGUUGCUGUAA